AUGAAUAACAGCAGCAGAAAUGGCAGGAACAAGAACAGCAGCAAAACAAACACCAGCAGCAACAAGUACAGCACCACCAACAGCAGCAGCAAUGAUAACAGCAACAGCAGCAACAGCAGCAGAAGCAACAGCAGCAAGAGCAGCAGCAGCAACAAAUACAGCAGCAGCAACAGCAGCACCAUCACCAGCAGCAACAACAGCCGCAGUAACAGCAGCAACAGCAACAAAUAUAGCAGCAUCAGCAGCAGCACCAGCAGCAACAACAGCCGCAGUAACAGCAGCAGCACCAGCAGCAACAACAGCAACAGCAACAGCAGCAGCAACAGCAGCAACAGCAGCAGCAGCAGCAGCAGCAGCAGCAAGAGAUACCUGUCUGUGUAG